GACCACCAGCCCACUCCUUUACUCACACACUGCCACAGUCAUGUCUGCUGGAGGAGAGCAACCCAAGUCCCAGCCUGAUGGGAAGGCAGCUCAGAGCAAGAUGGCUGAGAUGGGCAUGAUGUCCUACAAGAUGUGCGUAUACGACCAGGAGAACUUCCAGGGCCGCUGCAUUGAGAUCACCGCCGAGUGCGUGAACGUGUGUGAAAUGGGAAUGGACAGGGUGCGCUCCCUGCGCGUCUGCUGUGGGCCAUUUGUGGGCUUUGAACAGAUGAACUUCUGUGGUGAAAUGUUCAUCCUGGAAAAGGGCGAGUACCCCCGCUGGGAUUCAUGGAGCAACUGCCAGAAGAACGAUUACCUUCUGUCCUUCAGGCCUGUGCGGAUGGAUCCUGAGAAACACAAGAUCUGUUUAUACGAGGUCGGAGAAUACAAAGGCCGUAAGAUGGAGAUCAUGGAUGAUGAUGUUCCCAGCCUGCCUGCCUACGGUUUCACCGACAGAGUGGGAAGCAUCUUGGUCAGCUGUGGGACCUGGGUGGGGUACCAGUUCCCCGGGUACCGGGGCUGCCAGUACCUGCUGGAGAAGGGUGACUACAGGCAUUUCAAUGAAUUCGGAGCUCCCUGCCCUCAGAUGCAGUCCAUCAGACGCAUCCGCGACAUGCAGUGGCACCCACAAGGCUGUUACACCACGUCCUCCAAGUGAAGCUCGGUGAGGGUGAGGAAAAGAAGAAGUGGGGGAGAGGUGGAGGUCUGGAGAGGUGAAGGGGGGAGGGCAACGAAGGACAGGAGGAAAGAGAGGGUGUGUUGAUGUUUCCUUCGUCCUUGGUGGUUCAAUGUGCAGAGUAGAGGGAAUACGGUAGGGAGUUAUUUAUAGUUGCAAUUCGGAAAACAGUGGAGAGUUACAGGAAGUUGUAGAGGAGAUAAUUACAAGAACCACUGGGACUAUAUCUGGUUAGAGAAACUCUUUACUUUUCUCUGCCUCUCUCCCGGUCUCUGUCAUGCCCUGCCUUUCCCACAUCCCUCUUCCUCUCCCCUCAUGUUCCACAUUUCACCCACGUCAGCCCUCACCCAACCUAUCACAGCCUGAGUAAGGGAGGGCAGGAGUUUGGAUUUGUUUCAUGUUUGCGUGACGGACAAAGGAAGAUCGAGUAAAUAAAGAUGGAAAAACUCUGAAAAUUCACUGCUCCCAUCCUGCUGCUACAUCAGCCCUAACGCCAAUAAAGUUACUCUCCUCCUAAUUCUUUUGAUUUGUCUUACUUAGCCAGUGUGCUAGAGAUAUAUUUUAACUCAAGGAGACGAUGAUGGACACCUAAGAAUAAGUCAACCAGCUUGCAAUAUCCCUCCAUCAUGCAUUUAUUUCAUUUUUUCCCCCUGAAAGACAGAGUCUUCUGCUAGAGUUAUCAAUCUCUUGUCUGCCGCUGAGUUUAAAGUUCUUCUUGUUGUACUAGUUACAUUUUUGGAAUGAACAGUGCUGCAGAGAUUCUGGUAUUUAUAAUGCAUAUCCACCUUAAACUUCUCCAUAAUUUUAUCCCAGAUCUGCCUGCUGUAAUCCUUGGUCUUUGUGAUGGUGUGUAAACAUCACAAACAGCCCGAUUAAAUCACAGUUGUGUUUAUCGUUUAGUUGACUUCAAAAAGCAUUUUAGUAUCAAAAGCUUAAUAAGUUUUGUUAACUGAUUUAACUAUGAUGUUUUGAUGACUAAACGUGAUCAAGUGGUUUUCUUUCCUCAGCAAUAGAUUUUCAUGAAUAAAUUUUUCUGAAUGUUA